AUGGCGUCGCAUGAAAAGUUCGAGCAGCUUGAAACAAGACUCGAGAUGUUUAUUGAAAAUACCCGUCAGAUGGGUAUUAUUGUGAGCGAUUUUCAACCUCAGGGACAAAAUGUACUCAAUCAGAAAAUCCACAAUAUGAUAUCAGGAAUGAAGGAUAUUGAUAAGUGUAAAGCCAGUGUUCAAGAUGUCAACGUACCCCUUGAAGUAUUCGAGUACAUAGACCAAGGUAGAAAUCCACAACUUUAUACGAAAGAUUGUAUGGAAAAGGCUCUUGCCAAAAAUGAACAGGUUAAAGGAAAAAUAGACACAUUUAAAAGAUUUAAAACAUUAUUGGUUAACGAACUGAAUAAGAUGUUUCCAGAGGAGAUAGAAAAAUACAAAUCCUUGCGAGAUAUUGACAGACCUGCUCAUCAUUCGUAGACAUCAAUGGUUCUGCCAUUGGUCGACAGUGAUGAAAACUUCUGAUCACAGAAUGAUCAUUGUACUUUAUUAUGACUAAGGACCAUGGAAUAUUAUGGGAUGAAUGUGGCUAACUCGUAAAAAAACAGAAAAUUUAAAAGCACCUAAAAUUUUUUUUACUUUGUUGAGUGAAAAGUUCCAUCAAAUAGACAACAGAGCAAAUACAAAUCAAGGGUACCGCAAACAUGUUUCCAUGGAAACAAUAACUGUGAUUUCUCCAUAGUGUUCAGCACUACUCUGGUGAAUUUGAAAUUGGUCAAAUUACUUAAAAACUGGCAUUCAUAAUUAGUUGAGAUGCCGUAUUUGCUCUAUUAGGACUACAUGUACAUGCACUCAUGUAUAUGACGGGUGUGUUUCUAUGGGGGUGUCUUUGAAAUCUAAUGUGCUAUGUGGACCAUUGCUAACAUUUCACCAGUCACCAAUGGGGAAUUACUUAGAUAUAGCUACAUGUACAACAAAAAGGGAAUAAGAGAAAUUUCCAACCAUGAAUUAUUCUGUGAAAGUUGUCAUCCUUUAUAAACGCAGAAAAGUUAA